AUGUUUUCUAUAUUUGAUCGAUGCUUUCGUAGUUCAUUACGUAAUGUGACUUGUUGCUUUGGACUUAACUCAACACAAAAUACCCGUACAUGUACAAGUUGUCAUAAUUCAUUUCCAGCUGGAUCUCGUAUUACUGAAUUCGAUGGCAAACAAUAUCAUCCCGAUUGUUUUGCUUGUGCUGAUUGUCGUAAACCAAUAACAUCACAAUUUUAUCCAUUUAACAAUGAAUAUCUAUGUUCAGCAUGUCAUGAAGCACGUUUUCCUCGUAAACGUUGUGGUAAAUGUGGUUCGGUGAUAACUUCAGCUGGUAUAACAUUUGCUGGUGCAUCAUAUCAUGCGGCUUGUUUCUUGUGUGUAACAUGUAAACAACCAAUAUCGGCUCAAUCAAAAAUCUCAAUGGUUGAUGGUCAACCAUGUUGUGUUAAAUGUUAUGAAGAUAAACAUGCUAAACGAUGUAGUCGUUGUCAAAAAGCAAUUGUUGCUGAUGUUGAAUAUCUUGAAUUUGAAGAUAAAUAUUGGCAUAAAGAAUGUUUUACAUGUUCAAAAUGCCAGAAAUGUAUUGCUGAAGAAAGUUUUUAUCAAGAUGGAAAUUUAAUUUUAUGCAAAGAUUGCAUUUAA